AUGCGUCACACUUGGUGGAAGAAUUUAGUUGAAAUUGGAAUCUGUACAACUCAGACAACAUAUUCAACUGGUCUUUCGCCAUGGUCUAUUGCUACGGGGGAUCUCAAUAAAGACGCUCUAUUAGAUAUCGUAGUUGCUAAUUAUGGCGAUGACAGUAUUAGUAUAUUCUUCGGACAACCUAAUGGUUCUUUUCUGAGCCAAACAAUUCUCACAACUGGACUGAAAUCUGAACCAUAUUCGAUAAGUGUUGGUGAUUUUAAUCAGGAUACUUUAUUAGAUAUCAUUGUCAUGAAUAAUGGUGUCAACAAUGUGUAUGUAUUUCUUGGAUAUGGCAAUGGUACAUUCAAAGGUUUAACUGUGUUUUCGAUCGGUUUUGGUUCUCUACCGAUAUCCUUAGCUGUUGGAGAUUUUAAUAAUGAUGAAAAAUUGGAUUUCGCAAUUGCAAAUGAAGGUACUGAUAAUUUAAAAAUUAUUUUACAGACUUGUUAA